AUCACAACCACCAUCAAUCUCCCUAAAUCCGCAAUGCUCUUUUGGAGGCUUCUGUCACCCGUCCGCUCCUUAGUUCUGUCCAGCUCUCAUUGUAAUGCUUGGUCCCAUUGCAAUAAACCUUCCAAGAGGGCAUUCUCCCUUUCACAUGUACACCUCCGCUCUGAAGCAUCGUAUGCAUCCAACAAAGCUGCAGACCCGCUCAGAAUACUUUUCUGCGGCGCAGAUGACUUCAGUGCCGAAUCAUUGCGACAAUUAGAUUAUUACAGAAGAUCUAGCUCUGCAAUAGAGUCACUUGAAGUUGUCCAUCGGCCUGGCAAACGAGCUGGUCGAGGAUUGAAAGCAAUCCGAGAAGUGCCAAUCAAACAUAUUGCUACCAAAGAGCUUGGGCUUCCUACCCAUGAGAUAGAUACUUUCACGGGGUGGACACCACCUACUCCAUAUAAUUUGAUCGUAGCUGUGUCCUUUGGCCUUUUCGUUCCUCCAAGGAUACUCAAUGCUGCCAAAUAUGGUGGGUUGAAUGUUCAUCCCUCACUACUUCCUGACCUCUAUGGGCCGGCGCCGAUCCACCAUACAAUUCUUAAGGGGCGCAAACAUACUGGAGUCAGUGUGCAGACACUCCACCCUAAGCAUUUUGAUCGGGGGACAAUCUUAGCACAGACCAAGGCUCCCGGUGUGCAAUUCCCUUCUUGGGUAACAUUUGAUGACGUUGUACGUUAUUUGGGUAUUCUUGGAGGUAGUAUGCUAGUAGAUGUCCUCCGCGAGAACCGUUUCGUGCCUCCGCUGAAAAACGUGGGGUGGUAUGAGGCUUCUGGAGGACCUGUAGAGCACGCUGAAAAGAUCACUAAAGCCCAUUCAUACCUGGACUUCACAAAAAUGGAAGCAUCGGCCGUUGUGGCUGCUCAUCACGCCUUAGGGGAUCUUUGGUGCAACUUGCCGAACGGAGAAAGGGUAGUUAUAAAUGAGAUAUCAACAGAUGAUACCGAUACUUUGCCUGGACCGCCAGGUCUUUUUUUGAAUAAGCCCAAAGAUGGUCUAUUAGUUCGAACAGCGGAGGGUAGAGCUCUACAAGUAAAGAGAUGUACCGUUGCAGGCGGCAAGAAGGGGGGAGGGUAUCAACAUGUGAAAAAGGUUCUCGAGGCGGCCUCCAACGCUUGAAUUAAUAUCUACAUUAUCAUAAGGACCAUCAGUGAUGUGACCGUUCUACACACCGUCGAGUCGUGCUUGCAGUAUACCCAUGGGGCUUUCUAUUUACCCUUGAAGCCCAGGGGUUUGCAAUGGAAAGCUCGUGGCCAGCAAGUGAUAUGUACCGCAAACACAGGACACAUUUCUGAUUCUAUAUGGUGUGGAUUUGAGUUGUUAUGCG